AUGGUGGCUCUGAGAGAUAGUUCGAAAGGAUUAGAAGGCAGCAAAGCCCUUGAAAUUGCUGAUGAAAUCGAAAUUAUCAUUCUACGCAUUGACCGAAAGGUGAAGGAAUGGGCAUCUUGGCCUCAUGUAAAAAGCUUUCUUCAACAAAAAGAUAUCAAAGAGGGUAUUGCGCGCCUUCAUAAAGAUAUCGAUGCAGCUAUGAUGAAGUUCAGCAUUCAAAUGAACAUGGAAAUGACUCGGAAUCAAAUGGAAUCCAAAGCCAUCCAGGAGCGCGAUAAAGCAGAAAUCCGAGAAGUCCUUCAGAUAAUCGUGAAAAGUACCGAUGACAUGAAAGCGAUAUUAAACAUGCAGUCCGUUGAUUCCCGUCCCGUCGAACAAAUGAUGCAGAGUCUUCAAACGGAACUAAUGGACCCUUAUUUGCAACCCAAGGAAGAAGAAGUUUUCAAAGCUGGCCUUUGGGAGCUACACGAAAAGACAUCCAAGCUCCCGCCUCUAACGGAUCUAACUGGGCAAGUGACCCUGAGUUCUCAUACGACGGUGGCCAAGGGGUUGUACAACGAUAUCUAUCAGGGUCAAUGGCUUGACAGGGAACCAGUUGCUCUGAGAUUGCCUAGGGCUCUUGCCAAUAACCCUGAUACCCAGGAUCGUCUGCAACGAGAAGUGACAAUUUGGAGAGAGCUUAAUCACCCCAAUGUUGUUCCUCUGUAUGGGGUCAUUUAUAUCGACGAAGAUAUUUACACUGUCAGUCCCUGGAUGGAUAAUGGGACUGCGCUCGCCUAUUUAAAAAAAUAUCCCACAGCAGACCGCCUGAAGAUCUUAAUUGAUGCUGCAUCUGGGCUAGAAUAUCUCCACAACCGAGGCAUAGUACAUGGUGAUCUUCGAGGAGCAAACAUAUUGAUAUCCAGAACUGGUGUUGCGCGACUCUCUGACUUCGGUUUGUCGCAAUUUCUUGAAGACCGUGGACAAGGCAUGACUUCAACCCAAAACAUCAAUCCAAGAUGGUUUGCACCAGAACUUCUUCAAAAUGCUCCAGUAUCCACCCAUUCUGAUGUGUGGAGCUUCGGUAUGGUAUGCCUUGAACUUCUGAGCGGGGAUGUUCCAUACAGCAGCAUAACCCGCGAUAUCGCUGUACUCCGUGAACUUGACAACGGCAAACUGCCAGAGCAUCCUGGGAGAGAUAAAGCUUUGCAAGGACUUUCAGAUGAAAUGUGGGAGCUAAUGAAAACUUGUUGGACGAAACGACCUCAGUCACGCCCUUCAAUUGUAAGCAUUAAAGCCCAGCUCAUUGAAAUUAAAGGUCGCAUGGUAUCCGACGACUCUAAGGUUAAUUUGUCAAAGCGAUGGAUCAAAUUCACGUCCAGUGCUGCACGCAACAACUCCAGUAGACCUUCAACUGGUGACCAUAAUGGCAGAAGACCAUCGACGGCUUCAAGCGUCAUGACAACAAUGUCCUCUAUUUCCAGUCAACGGGCACCUACUAAUUUUAAUGAGUAUCAAAACCAAGACGAACUCUCUCCCCUAGUUAGCUCGCCUUCUCGUAGGUUUUUCAAAAGACAUACCGAACCCGUCCAGCCACGAAAGAACUCUUCCUCGAGCACAAGUUCCAGUUCAAGCUCCAAUCCUAUAGUAAAGAUUGACUUUGAUCCACCGUCAUCCCCCACAUCACCUCGUAGCGAAUCGAGGAUAUUCGGCGAAAUAAGUUCUCCACGACUGGAACUACCAUUGGUGUCCUCCUCGUUGCCAGUAAAUAUGGGGUCUCAUUUUCGACCGAUCGAAAGGUCUAAAUCCCACGAUAUAACUUCUCCAGUUAAGAGUGUGCGCUCUUCGAAUUCCAGCAUUCACAUAACAGGCCCUCUUCGGGAGGCAGUACUGGACCCACGUAUCAUUGUCGAUGAAGACAACGGAGUCGUAGUGUCAGGUACUCUGGAAGGUCUGGUAGAUCGUUUGAUUGGUGCAAACUUCAAAAGUUCACGAACUGAUGUCGAAUAUCAAGAUGUCCUGUUGACUGCCUGUGCGGAUUUCACAACCCCAGAGGAUCUAUUUGCUCUUCUGUCUCGACGCUUUUACGAUGCAGAACUCCAGACAAAGGAACAUCCUGAAGACAGGGUCGCAAUCCAAUACAACAUAUUCAUGGUCAUGACAUAUUGGAUCUCACACAAACACCUUCAAAUUGACCACCAGUUGCUCUGGCAAAUGAGAAAUUUCUGUGAAACUGCCAUUCGCACAAAGUCAUCCACAACCAUGGUCAACAAAGCGAGUGAUCUGUUGGCCCUCGUGGUAGCAAGGUCAAAAAAGGAUAACUCGACGCCUAGUAUUUUAGUGCCUGGUCGAAAAUUACUUUCAGCUUCCCAGAUCAAGCCUCUGGACUUGGCCAUCGCUCUUACCCUUCUCGAAGGAGACAAGUACAAAGUACUAGUCCCUUCGGAUUAUAUUGCGCAGCUUAGAAGGCACCCCGGGUAUAAUAAUGUCGAAGGCGUCUACACGACGAACAACAAGAUAAUAUUAUGGGUCAAAGACUCCAUCUUGCACUUUGAGACAGCACAAGAUCGAGCAAGUGUCCUCAAAUUCUUUAUUCACACAGCAACUGAAUGCCGCAAACUACGCAACUUUGGGUCUCUAGUAGCCAUUGCAAUCGCGCUGCAUUCCAAUCCAAUAGAGAGGCUACGCCUCACAAAGGCAGAGCUUACGCCUCAGAUGCAAGCGAAACUUGACAGUUUGGGGGAUAUCAUCAAUCCAGAUGGAAACCACAGGGCAUACCGAGAAGCAUUGAACGAAGCGACAAAUCCGGAGGAAAAAGGUUGCUGCAUUCCUUGGCUAGCCGUGCAUCUCAAAGAACUUCACCUCGUUCUGCAGAAAUACCCCCCCACUCUUUCAGGUACCGAUGGAAAGCCUUUGAUUAAUUUCCAACGAUAUGUCAAGUUCAUGGCCCACGUCAGAGAGGCUAUUUCCUAUAAGCCUCCUGAUCUGGAACGAUAUCGCCUACAAGGCCAACUAGAUUACCUGGAAAACCAGCUUCGAAAUCUUCGACUGUCCGACAAUCCUGAUGAGGAGCUCAUGGCGCGCAGCCGAAAGUAUGAGACUCAGGAAACCAUCGACUAUCGUACCCGCAAACCUCAGUUAAAGACCCUCGGAUUCAAGACCUCAUGA